AUUGUCGCAGAACUACUACCGGCAGCUUGACUGUUCAAUGAUCAUACGCCAGCAAUUGGAUUUUUACAGAAAUAACCAUGGUGUGUCAACGAGUCGUACACUAUUCACCAGUGAACUCGGUUCUAACAUGGAGACCGAAGACAAUUUUGUGGUCACUGUGGUGGACUUGUACAAAGAAAAGAAAUGGCGAGAGAUAGUGGACAGGUGUCACGACCACCCGGAGAGGAAUAAAUUGUUAUGGGUGUUCCCGUCAGAGGCAAAUUUGCGCUUCUUGACUGAAUGUCUGGUAGAGCUGGGAUGUAACGGGGUGCUCAGCAUAGGGUGUGGUAGUGGCUUGCUGGAAUGGAUCCUCAGUGAGGCGACGGGUUUUCGAGUAUCAGGAGUAGAAGUAGAUGGCGCUUGGUGGCAAUGUAAAUAUGCCCCGCCUACUUUUAUACCUCUCCUGCUCACUUCCUCCAAGUUAGACAAGAAUGUAAUGAAUCUAUUGUUAAGAGGAGACACGACAGCCUUGUUAUUCUGUUAUUUCAAUAACAGAGAUGCUUUUAACGAAUAUUUGAAAUAUUUUUCCGGAAGAGUGUUGAUAAUUAUUGGUCCAGGGGAUGGUAAAGGGGUCCAUACGGAUCCUAAGCCUUUUGGAGAUGUCACUGAUGACUGGAUAUUAUACAAGUGGGAGGAGGUUAGAAAUAGUAAAGACUACAUAGCUGUUUACUGUAAAAACAACCAAGCUAAGGAUGUUGAGAUGAUAUAUAAAAAGAAAGUUAAUGUUUAACAAUAUAUAUUUAUAAAUAAACAGUCUAAUAUAUGUUUAUAAAUAAACAGUCUUUUCAAAGUAUAAAAUAUUUGCAUUUCCUAAUUA